AUGAAGGGCCACAAACAUCUCACCAUUGUGAUCAAACUGGGCUCGAGCUCAAUAGUCCACGAGAAGACUCAUGAGCCCCUACUGUCUGUACUUUCCCUCAUCGUCGAGACCGCCGUCGCCCUCAUCAAAGAUGGACACCGAGUCGUCAUUGUCUCCUCUGGAGCCAUUGCGGUUGGACUACGAAGGAUGGAUGUGGAGAAGAGGCCGAAGCAUCUGCCCAGAAUACAGGCACUUGCAGCGGUAGGGCAAUGUCGUCUUAUGAGCCUCUGGGAAAGCCUGUUCGCCCACCUGCGACAGCCUGUUGCUCAGAUCUUACUGACGAGGAACGACAUAGCUGAUCGGACGCAAUAUUUGAAUGCUCAAAACACGUUCACUGAGCUUCUAAACAUGGGGGUAAUUCCCAUUGUGAAUGAGAAUGAUACUCUAGCUGUCUCUGAAAUUCGACAAAUCGAGAAAUUUGGUGACAAUGACACCCUCUCCGCCAUCAGCGCAGCCAUGGUGCAAGCGGACUAUCUCUUCCUCAUGACAGAUGUGGACUGCCUCUACGACAAAAAUCCUCGGACGCACCCAGACGCUCAAGCAAUCGAAGUCGUCGAAGAUGUAUCUUCGCUCGAAGCAGACGUGUCCUCCGCCGGCUCCUCUCUAGGCACUGGUGGCAUGUCCACUAAAAUAGUCGCAGCCCGUCUUGCGACCUCCGCCGGCGUCACCACGGUCAUCACACGCUCUUCAAAUCCUGGAAACAUCGUGAACAUCGUCAACCACGUCCAAGCCCAGAAGACCGCGGAGGUCCACUCCGAACUCCCUUCGAAUCCAGCUACCCCGGCAGAAAACACCCCUCUGUCAAGUUCGAUAUCCUCGCUCCACGUCGACGCUCCUCCAACCCCACCGCUCCACACCCGCUUCCUCCCCGAUCCCUUCCCUAUCCGCGACCGCUCCUUCUGGCUCCUCCACGGCCUCGCCCCCCACGGGACCCUCUUCAUAGACCAAGGCGCCCACCGCGCCCUCGCCUCCAAAGCCGGGCUCCUCCCUGCCGGCAUCGUGGAUGUCGAGGGGCAAUUCGCACAGCAGGAAGCCGUACGGCUGGUCGUUGUGAAACGAAACCCGCCCGCAUGGUCGUCGGCGGCUCAUGGGAACGGUGUCGAUGUGGGAGGCGUGCCUGUCGAUGUGGCACCGGCGCCUAUAGAGGUAGGCAGGGCACUCGUGAAUUACUCGGCGGCGGAAAUAAUGAGGAUCAAGGGGAUGAGGAGUACGGAGAUUGGCGGGGUAUUGGGGUACGCGGACUCGGAGUAUGUGGCUUUGAGGGAGAAUGUUAGUUUGACGAAGAGGGAGAAGAGUAGACCUGUUACUCCGAGUGCGAGUUCUGGGAAUGCUGCACAAGCUAGUUAG